GAGGCCCACAAGCGGCAGUUGAGAGAAGGAGCUGGCACCCCAGGGAGCUUUGGGACUCGACAGAUUUUCAAAAUGCCAGGCUGUUGCAUUUUGUCCAGUUCCUCUUGGUUUUUCUUUCGGAGGCAGCCCCACGCCCUCCCACCUCGUUGCAUUGCCCGGUUCCCUCGGGUCCAGGUGGUGGUGUCCGAAUUCCUCUUUGCCCAAUCCCGGGACUUCUGCCCGUGUGGCUGCUGCUUUUCAUUAGAAAUGCCGUCACGCAAGUCGAGGUGCCUGGCCACUUAAUCAACUGCGCAAUAUUCUCUUACGACUCCUGUCGCCUUUUGUUUAAAAAAACCUUGAGUCUUGGUACCGUGUGUUUGUAUUCUUAGGGGCAAAGAGAGUGGGAGGAGGGGAAGAAAACCCCUGAUCUUCGGGUGCAACUCCAAGAAUGCAAUGAUACUUGAUUCUUUCAUUUUCUUAACAGACAUGGCUACUUAUCACCCAGAAGGACACAUGCAGCUGCCCCGAGCUGAUGCUAUUCGUUCUCGUCUCAUUGAUACUUUCUCUCUCAUCGAGCAUCUGCAAGGCCUAAGCCAAGCUGUGCCACGGCACACAAUUCGAGAGAUACUUGAUCCUUCCCAUCAGAAGAAACUUAUGUUGGGAGAUCAGCACCAGCUUGUGCGCUUCUCGGUAAAGCCUCGUCAUGAAGAACCGAUUACACAUGGCCAGAGAUUGAUGAGCAGGCUUCAUGUGCGCUGCAGUUGGAGGCCACCUCUUGCUCUGUGGGCUGGAUGGGUCCUUGAACGUCCUCUCUUCACAAACUUCAUCAUAUUCCUCAUCUUUUUGAAUACAAUUGUACUGAUGGUUGAAACAGACCUGCUUGAAUCCUCAAAUCCCAAACUGUGGUCACUGAAGCUGGCUCUCGAAGUGGCAGCUUGGUUCAUCUUACUUAUUUUCAUCUUGGAGAUCCUUCUUAUGUGGCUAUUCAGCUUUUCCCUCUUCUGGAAGAAUGCCUGGAAUGUCUUUGAUUUUGUUGUUACCACAUUGUCCCUGCUUCCUGAGGUUGUGGUGCUGGUAGGGGUAACAAGCCAGUCUGUAUGGCUCCAGUUGCUGAGGAUCUGCCGGGUGCUAAGGUCUCUCAAACUCUUUACACGAUUCCCUCAAGUUCGAGUCAUUAUUUUGGCCCUUGCCAGGGCCCUUAAGAGUAUGACCUUCCUCUUGUUGUUGCUGAUGAUCUUCUUCUACAUUUUUGCUGUGGCCGGUGUCUACUUCUUCCAGGAUUAUACUCGUUCAUCUCACGGGGACCUGACAUACCAAAUGUUCUUCUCGGACAUGCUGAAUUCCCUAGUGACAGUGUUCAUUCUCUUCACCAUGGAUCAUUGGUAUGCACUGCUUCAGGACCUCUGGAAGGUGCCUGAAGUCAGCCGCUUCUUCAGCAGCAUCUAUGUCAUCCUUUCACUGUUACUUGGUUCCAUUAUCUUUCGAAAUAUCAUAGUAGCCAUGAUGGUUACUAACUUUCAGGCUAUCAGGAAUGAGCUGAACAAGGAGAUGACACACCUGGAGGUUCAGCAAAAAGCCGACAUAUUCAGGCGGGAGAUGAUCCAGAGGAGACAAAACCUGUCCCCUGAGGGACUGAGGUCAAGCCUUAGCAAAAUGGAUACCAGAGAUACCAGUCAACAAGCGGUCUUAUCAGAAGAUUUUAAAGAAGAGUCUGAAAGCAGUACCACUGAAGAGGGUUUAAGAAUAUCCAAGUCAAAAUCAGAAGAGUCCGUGUUCAAAAAGCAAAAGCCCUCAUCUCUCUCCUCAUCUUCCUUCUCAACUGUAUCUUCCUUUUCCUCUUCUGAAUCCAGAAAUGUUGAUACUAUUGGUGACUUGGACUGGGAGACUCAUGUGCACCAGAAUCUGCCUGGGCUGAUGGACAUGGAUCAGGAUGAACGCAUUGUUUGGCCUAGAGAUUCGCUCUUCCGAUAUUUUGAGUUGCUAGAAAAGCUUCAGUAUAACCUAGAGGAGCGUAAGCGGUUGCAAGAGUUUGCAGUGCAGGCACUGCUGAACUUGGAAGACAAAUAAAACCGACGAUGGAUGGCUUUGAUAUCUUUGGCAACAGAUAUUGAAGGGAAUAGUUGGAAAUAGAAUUCAAAGUAUAAAUGUUUAAUAAAUCCUGCUGAAAAUUGCUUAGUAGCCUGUCUCUUAGACAUAGAGGAUACUGAAAGGUAUAAGGUUAGGUAAAAAAGUUAGUUUAGAUACCAGUAGGGCCUGUGGUCUUUGGCUUUCUAUUCUUUCCACAGCUGCUCAGACUGACUCUUUCCUUGACUUUAUAACUAUGGUUCCCACCCUUCCUGCAAACUCUGCUUCCUGAUAGAGUCCUAAUUUCACCCUCUUCUUCCCUGGUGGGUACUGCCUCUCUUGUGGGGGGUUGGCAUAAGGAGAUCCUAGGAACUAUUAGUGUAACUAAUUGAGAACUAUUGUUUCCAUUGCCUACUCUAGGAACAUUGCUUCCCCCUGUGCACGAUUAACUUUAAUCAAAUAUUGUUUUCACCUAUUUCUGCCCCAAAAGAGAGUCCUUUAUUCCAUUUCCUUGUCACUGCUCAGGGAGGGCAGCGAUUCCACUGUGUAGGAGUGUUCAAAUCAGUGAGCAUCCCAUAGACUUUUAGCGUUAGAAGGGACUUUAGAGUUUACCCCCCAUCAGAACAGGAACACAUUUUAGGACAUCACUGAAAAGGGAAUUAUCCUGCUGAUGCUUAAUGUUUCUAGUUACAGGGGAUCCCAUUUCAUUGUUGGAUGACUCAAGUCUUUAGAAAUGUUUAUUAAAAUUCUAUCACUUUUUGAGUACUUAACUUAUACAUACAUAAAAAAACACUAAAUUGUACACUUUAAAAUGAUGACUUUUAUGUUAUGUGAAUUAUAUCUCAAUUUUUUAAAAUGAAGUAAGCAAAGAUUAUCUUAAACCAAGAACCAACAUUAUGUUUCAAAGAAAAGCACUGUAGUCAUUCUCCAUUGAGAAAGAAAAAUGUUUUAAAAAUAAAUGUCAAAAAAUAAUUUUGUAUUAUA